CUUCUAUAUUUCUUUUCUUUUGUUUAAAMCAGAUAUUCUCCAAUCAGAGUGUUCUUUCCGUCUUAUGUCAAUUUGUUGUCGAAAUUUGAUUAUUCGCUUGGGAUUCCUAUAGCGAGUUGACCGUGGAAGACUGCUACUAUUUGCAUGGCAGCCAUCUUGGAUGAACGUUCAUCAGCUGCCUGUGAACUACGUAGCGGCAAAUUUGCCAGGUAGAAUGAAAUUCUUCCAAGAGAUCGCAGUUCAAACAGACAUUUGCGGUGUCGAUAACAGUGAACUAAAAGUCCUUUUCGACAGAGCCUUGGAUCUUUGUAAAAAUACCAAUUCAAUUGGUGUAAAUAUUUGUUCCUCACAUUUGUGUAUUUCACACAAUGUUACAUAUCGUGUUACCAAUGCAGAAAGUGUGGAUCUACAACCAAUUCCAGUGGUAGAGCUAAGGUUAAUUGACAACCAAGAUUGCUCUCAAACUGWUCUCACGAGUAUUCAAAGUGAAGAAGGUGAUCAAACUGGAUUAGAUUCUUCUGAAAGCAUGCUUGAAGACAGUGCUAAGGAACCUAUGGAAGAAAUGAAAUGUACAUUUUGUGGUAAAGAAUACUACAGAAAAGGGCUUUACGASAAGCACUUAAAAAUUCAUCAGCCUGGUGUUAAGCAGAUGCCAGUAACUGACAAAGGCAUAGAUGAGAUGUCAGGAGAUAMUUGCAGUGAGGAUGAGGAUAUUAACUCCACAGAUGACCAAAUUAAACCAGGCAAAAAUAAUAGUAACGAAAAAAGAAACAAAAAAGUUACUUGGCAAUGUAAGCUGUGCAAAGAGAUGUUUACAGACAGAAGGAAAUAUGAAAGACAUAUUAGAAAACAUAAAAAGGAUGAGAAAUCUAGGAAUGCACCCAAGGUAAAGAGCAUUAGAGUACUUCAUGAGUGUGGACAAUGUAAAGAAACAUUCACCAGCAAAAAGAAGUAUGAUCAACAUAUCAGAAARCAUAAAGUCAAAAAGCCACCUUUGAGUUACAUUUGCCCUCACUGUAAUAAAGAUUGUAAAGCCAGGACAGCCUUAUCUAGACACAUAACUGUUCAUACCAAAGAAAAGAACUUUAAAUGCCAUAUAUGUGAGAAGUAUUUUGGUACUGACCAGGGUUUAACAAUGCAUAUAAAGAGACACAAGGGUAUCAAACCUCACAAGUGUUCACAUUGUGACAAGUCRUUUGUCAAGAAGUGGGGCCUGGUUGAACAUUUGAGGGUACAUACAGGAGAAAAGCCCUAYAGAUGUGAUAUUUGUGACAAGUCCUUUAGGUUUAAAAAUGUCUUAACAAGCCACCAUUUAUCAAUGCAUAGUGGCAUCAGACCAUUUAAUUGUGAGAUUUGCGGACAAGGUUUUGUUCGACAAUAUAACCUCGAUGAACACCGACGGAACCACACUGGUGAGAAGCCAUUCAAGUGUAUAGAUUGUGGUAGGGCAUUCAAAAAUCAUCGCAACUGGAAAUUACAUGUGAAGAAACACAGGGAAGUAAGUUCAGCAACAGGAGUUGAKCUAGAUGGCAKUSUUGAGGGUGAAAUAAGGACAAGAGAGACUGAAUCAAUGUUUGACAGCAGCACAAUUAAGGCUAUAGAGUCAUCAAGCAGUGCCAAGGCAUUGGAGACUGAAAACAUGACUAGCAGCACAAUGGCAGCUUCAGAAACUCARGCUACCYUKGCAUGCAGUGAAAUGAUGGCUCAAGUAACAAGUAUUUCAAGCAAUGACAUUUUCACUGRCCACACUGACUUAUCAACCAUAUCCUCAGAUGAGAUUCUUUGAAGAAAAUACUCAAAACGUUAAGACAAAAGUUGAUAUAUAGUAUUUAGAUGAGGUCUCUAAAUAUCUAAUGGUCAAAUAAACAAAAGAAAAUUAGCACRAUGAAAUAAUUAUAAAGGCUGAUUUACACUAUUCAGCUUGCAUGUGUGAUCUAAAGUGUCAGGAUUUUGAGCAUACACAAGUUGAAGACCACAUUCAUAUUUUUGUAGGAAGUCAUUGAAACACUAAGAUGUGGUACUGUAAGUCAUGAUGAGCCGCAAAUCACAUUGUGUAAAUCAGCCUUUAGAGUGCAUGUURUUUUUAUACUCUACCAAGUUGUUUUUCAGUUUUUGUCUGCMWUUKKYMAWUACAUGUAUUUCAUUAAAGAUUCAUGAGGUGUUUAAGACUGCCCUGAAAUGUUGUAAUUCUCUUUACUGCAUAGAAGACAACUUGACAAGGACAGUGUACUUUUUAAUUGAUAGUAUUUACUAGCAAAGAUAUUGAGUUAGCUUAGUACAAUAGAUAUACCAGAACUUAAAAACACUUUUUUU